GUUACCUGUUGAAAGGUCCUAUUCUUUCUGUUCCUCACUCUUGCAGCUACCUCUACCCGGGAGCUGCAGACUGUUAAUCCUCUUCCGAAAGAGGUAAGAGGAGACAAACAAGGGGCGGUGGCAAGGACUGGCUAGUGUAUUUCUUAAGGAGGGGCCCAACAGCUACUCAUUACCUGCUCAGUCAGGUGAGCCGGUUCCCGGGGGCAGGGAACCUGCAUAUUAGAAAAAGGCAAGGUUAGAGGAGGUAUUAAUUUAUUUGUUCAUUUUGAAGACUAAAUUUAGAACCCAUCAUCUGCGGACCUACUUGAGGAUUGUGUCAGAGGCAUUCAUUCGCUCAGCCUUGUAAAGGAGUAGCGGGAGCUACUUUUUGGCUGCAAACGAAAGGCCCAUUUAGGCUACCUUACUUCCGUGUUUUCCCUAGCCCCAAACGAUAGAGCUGCAUGGCUUCCGCGGUCUGGGGGAGUGCCCCCUGGUGGGGCCCGCCACCCCCGGCCCCAGCCCGGCCGCUCACGGACAUCGACUUUUGCUCUGGGGCUCAGCUUCAGGAACUGACCCAGCUGAUUCAGGAGCUCGGUGUGCAGGAGAGCUGGAGUGAUGGACCCAAGCCGGUGGCAGACCUACUUCGGGCCAAGGACUUUGUCUUCUCUUUGCUUGGUCUAGUUCACCGCCGGGACCCCCGUUUUCCUCCCCAGGCAGAGCUCUUGCUUCUUCGUGGUGGGAUUCGCGAGGGCUCCCUGGAUCUGGGACACGCACCCCUGGGUCCUUACGCCCGGGGACCUCAUUACGAUGCUGGCUUCACACUCCUAGUGCCCAUGUUUUCGCUGGACCGCACUGAUCAAGAGCUGCAACUGGACUUGGAAUCUUGUUACGCAUGGCUCCGCCUCCCAGACCUGGUGUGUGGAACCUCCGUCCGAGAAACGUGGCAGGAUUGCCUAGGACCUCCAGUCUCAGGAGGACAUAAUUUGAUCCACCGAAUCGAGAGCGAAGAAAGUACCAAAGACUGGCAAAUCUCCGCGGACCAGCCGCAUGGCUGCGUCACUGGGCAUGAGUCGCUAGUAUCUUUGGAAAAAUCACUUCCUGGCGUUUCAGAGUCCGAGUCGCCUCAACAUGACGUCACCGACCUUGGUUCUCCGGACCCGCUGAAAAAACUAAGUAGUGACGUCACCAAGGCUGCCGUCGGAAGCCAGGUCCCAAACUCCACGGAAGCUUGGGAGGCGUGGCCCACUUUGUGCCCCGCCCAAGUGGCUUCCUGGUUCUUUGCUACACUGGCUGCAGUUGCAGAGUCGUUGAUCCCUGUCCCUGGCGCUCCGCGCUUGGUACAUGCAGCUCGCCACGCGGGUUUCACCACCCUCCUCCUGGCUACACCAGGGCCUCCGCGCCACGUCCUGCUCUUCGAUCUAAUCCCAGUGGUGUCCGUGGCUGGCUGGCCCGAAGGGGCUCGUAGCCACUCAUGGGCCGGUCCGCUGGCCCCAGAAUCAGCUUCCUUCUACCUAGUGCCGGGUGGCAGCACUGAGCGGCCAGACACCUCGCGCUGGCAGCUGUGCUUCGCUCGCCAGGAGCUGGCGCUCAAGGCGCGCAUACCCGCGCCCCUUUUGCAGGCUCACGCUGCGGCUCAGGCGCUAUUGCGCCCACUGGUGGCUGGAACCCGGGCCGCGGCGCCCUACCUUCUGCGGACAUUGUUGUACUGGGCGUGUGAGCGACUGCCCGCGCUCUACCUAGCGCGAUCAGAAAAUGCGGGAGCCUGCUGCCUCGGGCUGCUAGACGAGCUGGGCCGUGUGCUCGAGGCCGGGACAAUGCCUCACUAUUUUCUGAGUGGCCGAAAACUCCGUGCGGGGGACGGUUCCGCUAUGCUGCUCGGGGAGUUGGCCCGGCUCCGCGGGGACCCUGCCCGGGCUCUGCGUACCGCUGUAGAGGAGGCCAAGGUUGCGCGCAAGGGGGGAGGCUUAGCGGGCGUGGGCAGUGAGGCCCAUUAAAGAUCCUGCUCCUAA